AUGUGUUCGCGACAUGUUUCCUUUUGGGCGCAGUGCGUGCUGGUGCGGUGGAACUUUGGGGACACCACCUGGGGGGACGUGUACCUCGCAUGUCUGGCUGACAUCUUAUACGUGUUGGACUCUGGUGUCUUCGUACACAUGAUGGACGAGUACCUCUCCCCCCUGGGGAAAGUCGAGAUCCGCAUCCUGGAGAGAAUUGUGGAUGAGGAGAUGCAGCGUGAGAUCUACAGAGAAGUGGCGGCAGAUGCGGGAGGAGGUCGGCAGUAUGUAUCAGCGCUGCGUGUGGCCGUGGAAGAGCUAGCGCCUGUGCUGACGAAGAAGUACAGGAUCAUGCGCCUCGGAUGCAGCGGGGACAGUGUGUUUGCAGAGUACGCAGCAGUACACGGGGAUCAGAUGGAGGGCCUACUUGGUCAGCUGAGGCAGAUGCAGAUGGCGUGUGACAGUGUGCAGGUAAUUGAGCGUAUGAUACACACAGCAGUGGCCAUACCACGAACACAGGGGGGUGUGCUGGUGGCGAAGGGGACGUUCGUAAAGGCAUCCCCGCGAGAGAAGGUGUUCUCAGAUGUGGCACUGUUGGCUCGGGGAGGCGGAGAUUGGUUCGCUAGAUGCCUGUGUGUUUUCAAGGCGUUGAACGCGGAGGGCAAGUGGAUUGGGUGUGCGUACGUGAGGCGCAGCGGGGAGCCCGCACCGGCGGUGAUUGUGCGCUACACGAAGAGUGGUCGGCUCACACCCGAGGUGUUCACCGAGUUCUUUCAGACGGUCGACGGUGUGCAGCUAAGCCGUGAACGGAAGACGGUUGUGUUCACCUACAACACCGCGCACCGCAUUACCGCGAAUGACGCGAAGACGACGGUGGAGCACGGUUUGACGGUGGUGCAUUUCACGCACACGUGCUUUGUCGACUUCACAGACAUUGUGCAGUGGUCCAGCAUGCCGUUUUUGCACGGCGUGGUGGACGCUUUCAAGGUGGAGUAUCGUGUUAUCCUGAUGAGACGAGCGGUGCGAUCGAAUCUCUUCCACGAGGAUUUCGAUGCGCCCUUUUCCGUGGUGAAUUACGCGGUCAUGCUGCUGUGGAUGGGCUUGGCCUGGAAGGCGCUGACGGCGGCUACGAUGCAAAGGAGCUGGUGGAGGGCGGGAUGCGUCCCGGAGUCAUGGUGGCCGCUGAUGUGGCACCUGCACGGCAUGUAUUCGGCAGGCAUGUACGAGCCGCUUGUCUCUACCACGGCGGACCUCCUGGUGCUGCUACGUGAGUUCCGUGUGCGUCCAGCGUUGUAUAUGCCGGCGUCCGACUACGUGACCUGCGAUGAGUGGUUAAUGGAGCAGGCAGGAGUGAAGUUGGUGACGCCCUCUACGCCCACGUCUUCAGGGGACGAGGGUGAAAUGUGCCUUCCGGAUGGGCCUCUGAUGCGAGACGAACGAAGCCGUCGGCGUGCCAUCCGCAACGUGACGCACGCGUACGUGUGUCACGCUGAGGCGCUGGGGAUUGCCCCAGCGGAAGUGGCGCCUGUUGUUGGCGCCUCUAAUGGAGAGGUGGUGAGCCGCCUAAACCGCACACCGAAGAAGCGUGCGCGCAGUUCUGGGUCGUCCGACAGUGCAUCCGUGUAG